AUGGGUAUUCUAUCUUUUUUCAAAACACAUAUAAUUGGGCAUAAUGUACAAGUGACUAAAUUGUCCCCUAAUAUAUUGUUUUUUUUUACAGUGUCAUUAUGUAAGAUUAUCAUAUUCAUAUUUUUAUAUUAUUUGACAUAUUUUAUUCACAUGUUUUUAGCUAGCAAAAUCAAUUCUAAAAUAUUUUUGAGUUUUAGGAGAAUAUAUAUAAAUUUUUGGAAAACGAUACCUAUAUGUGGCAUUUAUAAAAUCAAGCUACUUGAUGAUUCGGUUCAGUUUUUAUUAGACUUUGUACUUCCACGACUCCAGAACUUGAUAAGUGUGUGGGAAUUAUUUUUUAAUGUAACUUUAAUUGAUCAAUUAUUUGGGAAUAAAGAAACAGUUCCAAUCUUGUUUACAGAAAAAAGUGAAGAAUUUAAAAUUAUAGAAAAUAAUAUUUUAGUUACAACUUUAAUAAUUUCAAAUCAUAGAUCAAUUAAUGAUUAUAUUUUAAUUUAUCAUUUAAUAUAUGAACAAUUGAAUUCAACAGAAGACAAGUUUUCAAAAGCGACUAUAUUAAAACAAUUGUGGUUUGAAAAUGAUAUAUCAAAGUACAAUAAUUUAUUACGAAUACGGUUUAUUGGAUGGGGUAAUAUAUUUAAACUGAUACAAGUAGAAAUAUUAAAGGAUAUUGCAAUAAAAGAUGAGAAUUCUAAAAUAACAAGUAAAUCAGUACUAAAUUUACUUAAGAAAAAUGGUAAUGAAAUUAUGAUAGUGUUUCCUGAAGUGAAUAUUCUUACAACUGAGCUUGGAAUGAUGCAACGUAAAAUUAAUGAAAACUAUUCCCCUUUCGUAUCGAAAUUUUAUAAUGUACUAUACCCAAGAUUUAAUACGUUUGUAAAUAUCAUUGUUGCUUUUCAAGAGUUCUUUCCCAAAAAACAUGCGAAGAGGUCAAUAUUUCAUAGGGAUAAGUUAAUUAAAGUAACGGAUUCUUUAAAUAAAAAAGUUGCUACUAGACUCAAUACUGAUGAUAAGACAGACAAUUGGGUAGUCAAUGGACACGAUAAAACUGAAUUAAUUAAAUUAUCUGACACAGAUGUUCAAAUGAAUCAGUUCAUGUACGAUUUUACUAUAAUUUAUUACAGAGUGAAGUAUACAAAUGAUGGACAUGAUCAUGACAAGGGUAAUUUAAAAGUACAUCGAGGUAUCCAAUUAGAACAAAUUGCACCCUCAUUAAUAGAAUUAAUGUUCAAUAAUAUUUCAACCGUUGUUGAUCCAAUUAUCGUCAUGAUAGAUAUUCGCAAACACGAGCUACCAUAUAUCUUGAACUUGAAACCAAAAAAACUUGAAAGAUGGCUAGAGCUACAGUGGCUUAAUAAGGAACAGCUAAUAAAGACAAAUGAAUGUAAUGUUGUAUUGAAGUGA